AUGACAAGAUCAAACACUGGGGUUUCCUGCAGGCAGGUAUAUAGAAGUUGUGUCGAAUUUGGGCUAACGGAAUGGGUUUUUUCCCUUCGUCUUCAGGUGUUGAAGAACACAAUGGCUGAACAACUCCUUCCUCAGGCUCUGUAUUUGAGCAACAUGCGGAAAGCUGUGAAGAUCAGAGAGCGAACUCCAGAAGAUAUUUUUAAACCUACCAAUGGGAUAAUUCAUCACUUUAAAACCAUGCACCGAUACACCCUGGAAAUGUUCCGAACUUGCCAGUUUUGUCCACAGUUUCGAGAGAUCAUCCACAAGGCUCUCAUCGACAGAAACAUCCAAGCCUCUCUUGAAAGCCAGAGGAAGCUUAACUGGUGUCGAGAAGUCCGGAAGCUUGUGGCUCUGAAAACAAAUGGGGAUGGGAACUGCCUGAUGCAUGCUGCUUCUCAGUACAUGUGGGGUGUUCAAGACACAGACUUGGUCCUAAGGAAGGCUCUCUGCAGCACGCUCAAGGAGACUGACACACGCAACUUCAGAUUCCGCUGGCAACUGGAGUCUCUGAAGUCUCAGGAGUUUGUGGAAACGGGGCUUUGCUAUGACACUCGGAAUUGGGAUGACGAAUGGGAUGACGUGGUCAAAAUGGCAUCCACAGACACUCCCGGGGCCCGCGGCAGACUUCAGUAUCACUCCUUGGAAGAGAUACACAUCUUUGUCCUGUGUAACAUUCUCAGAAGGCCCAUCAUUGUCAUUUCAGACAAAAUGCUGAGAAGUUUGGAAUCCGGUUCAAAUUUUGCUCCUUUGAAAGUUGGCGGAAUUUACUUACCUCUCCAUUGGCCUGCCCAGGAAUGUUACCGAUACCCUAUCGUCCUUGGUUAUGACAGUCAACAUUUUGUACCUCUGGUGACCUUCAAAGACAGUGGACCUGAAAUUCGAGCUGUUCCACUUGUUAACAAAGACCGAGGGCGAUUUGAAGAUUUAAAAGUUCACUUCUUGACAGAUCCUGAAAAUGAGAUGAAGGAAAUGCUACUAAAAGAGUACUUAAUAGUGAUAGAAAUCCCCGUCCAAGGCUGGGACCUCGGCACCACCCAUCUGAUUAAUGCUGCAAAGUUGGAUGAGGCUAACUUACCAAAAGAAAUAAACCUGGUCGAUGAUUACUUUGAACUCGUGCAACACGAGUACAAGAAGUGGCAGGAGAGUAACCUGCAGGGACAGAGAGAUGUGCACACCCAGAAUCCUCUGGAGCCUUCCGGACCCCAGCUUUCUCUCAUGGACCUAAAAUGUGAAACUCCUAAUUGCCCUUUCUUCAUGUCCGUAAACACACAGCCGUUAUGCCAUGAAUGCUCGGAGAGGCGGCAGAAGAAUCAUCAUAAACCCCCAAAGCUGAACUCUAAGGUGGGCCCUGAAGUACUCCCUGGCAUGGCCCUCGGAGCCUCCCGGGGUGAGGCCUGUGAACCUGUGGCCUGGUGCCCUGAGGAGCCCACUGGUGGGCCUCACUCAGCCCCACCAACAGCACCGAGCCUUUUCCUGUUUAGUGAGACCACCGCCAUGAAGUGCAGGAGCCCCGGCUGCCCAUUCACACUGAAUGUGCAGCACAAUGGAUUUUGUGAGCGUUGUCAUAAUGCCCGACAGCUUCGCAGCAGCCACGAUGUGGACCCCAUGAGGCAUUUAGAUCCUAGCAAGUGCCGAGCUUGCCUCCAGGAUGCCACCAGGACGUUUAAUGGGAUCUGCAGCACUUGCUUCAAAAGGACUACGAUGGAGCCCUCCUCGAGCCUCGGCUCUGGCGUCCCUCCUUCCUAUCACCAGCGGUCCAAGUCCGAUCCGUCCCAGCUCAUACAGAGUCUCAGCCCACAUUCUUGCCACAGAGCUGGAAGUGAGACUCCGCCGGGCUGCCUUUCCCAGGCUGCACGGACUCCUGAGGAUAGGACUGGCACAAGUAAGUGCCGAAAAGCCGGCUGCCUGUAUUUUGGGACUCCAGAAAACAAGGGCUUCUGUACACUGUGUUUCAUCGAGUACAGAGAAAACAAACAUCUUGUUGCUGCCUUGGGGAAAGCCAAUCCUACAACCUCCAGGUUCCAGAACACAGUUCCCUGCCUGGGGAGAGAAUGUGGCACCCUCGGAAGCAAGAUGUUUGAAGGAUACUGCCAGAAGUGUUUCAUCAAAGCUCAGAGUCAGAGAUUGCAUGACGCCAAGAGGACUGAAGAACAUGUGAGGUCCAGCCAGUGCCGAGACAUGCCGCGCACCACCCAGAGCUCCUCGCGGCCCAAGUGCGCCCGGGCCUCCUGCAAGAACAUCUUGGCCUGCCGCAAUGAAGAACUCUGCAUAGAAUGUCAACACCUCAGCCAGCGAGUGGCCCCAGCACCCCAUCGUGGGGAACCCGCUCCAGAUGAGCCCCCUAAGCAGCGCUGCCGGGCUCCCGCCUGCGAACACUUCGGCAACACCAAGUGUAGCGGCUACUGCAACGAGUGUUUUCAGUUCAAGCAGAUGUACGGCUAA